AUGUCGACGUUAAAACAAAGAAAAGAAGAUUUCGUGACAGGCCUCAAUGGUGGUUCCAUUACAGAAAUUAACGCAGUGACAUCAAUUGCGUUAGUAACUUACGUAUCAUGGAAUCUAUUGAAAAAUUCCACCUUUUUGCAAUCAAAGACGCCCAACGUACAAUAUAUCAUUGAUUUUGCAUUGAAUUGGGUUCCUUUGCUGUUAUCGAUUACUACUUAUGCUAGUGAUCCAUAUCUUUUAGGCUUCUUAAUAAUGAUUCCUUGUGUGUCCACAUUCAUCUACGGAAGAUUUACCAGCUCAAGCAAAUCUUCCGCUAAAGUACAUAAAAGGAACAACUUAACUUCACAGCAGUUCCAGCUGGAAAAGAAGCCUUAUAUUACUGCUUACCGGGGUGGGAUGCUUAUUCUAACUGCCAUUGCCAUCUUGGCGGUAGAUUUCCCCAUUUUUCCAAGAAGAUUCGCCAAGGUCGAAACUUGGGGUACGUCCCUGAUGGACCUUGGUGUGGGAUCCUUUGUGUUUAGUAACGGCAUUGUUUCUUCUAGAGCACUGCUAAGGAAUUCAGGCUUGAAGGAUAAACCCAGCUUUGUAAGAAAUGUAUUCAAUGCUCUGAAAUCUGGUGGAGCUCUAUUGUUUUUAGGCUUAAUGAGGCUAUAUUUUGUGAAAAAUUUGGAAUAUCAAGAACACGUUACAGAAUAUGGGGUACACUGGAAUUUUUUUAUCACUUUGGCUUUGUUACCACCUGUUUUGACUCUUAUUGAUCCCCUUACAAGAAUAAUUCCACGUUGUUUUAUUGCGACAUUAAUCUCUUGCAUCUAUGAAUGGCUAUUAUUGAAAGACGAUCAAACCUUAAGCUUCUUAAUUCUAGCUGAUAGAAAGGGUUUCUUCAAUGCUAACAGAGAAGGUAUCUUAUCAUUCUUAGGCUAUUGCUCGAUCUUUCUUUGGGGUCAGAACACAGGGUUUUACUUAUUAGGAAAUAAACCAACUUUAAACAAUCUUUACAAGCCUUCCACGCAAGAUGUGACUACUAAACCGAGAAAGCCUUCUGCUUGGAACCGUUGGACUUCAGUAACUCCAUUAACCGGCCUUUGUAUAUGGAGUGCAAUUUUCAUUCUCAUUAGUCAGUUGGUCUUCCAAUAUCAUCCUUAUAACGCAUCAAGAAGGUUUGCUAAUUUACCAUAUACUCUAUGGGUCAUUACGUAUAAUUUACUGUUUUUGACUGGAUACUGCAUAACUGACAAGAUUUUUGAUAAUUCAUAUGAAACUUAUAAGAUUGCAGAAUCGUUGGAGUCAAUCAACUCCAAUGGGUUGUUUCUAUUUCUUUUAGCAAAUGUGUCUACGGGUUUGGUUAACAUGUCAAUGGUUACAAUAGACGCUUCACCCAUGGUUUCACUUUUGGUUUUGCUUGCAUAUUGUUUAUUCAUUGCUGUCGUUUCAGUUUUCUUAUAUAGAAGAAGAAUUUUUAUUAAAAUAUAG